AUGUACACGGUGAUCCAAUCUCAAUCGGGUAGGAUGAACCGAAUUGGACCACCAAACGAAUGGACUGGGAUGGAAUCACCCAAAUCCGAUGGCGUAGUAAAAAAAGCCUGA